AUGACUUCAGAAACUGUCAAACAAUUUCUCGUGGGGGAUGGAUUGGACAUGAGUAAUUUUCCAGCACUUCAACAGAAAAUCUAUAGUGCCUAUAAGAGUUCUCAAAAAGUACAUUCAGACAUGGUCAUGGCAUGUUAUGUUGGUGACGCUUUUCAAAACAUGCUCGGUGUAGGACGUCUCACUCUCAUGACUCCUCUCGCUACUUUUAAUCUCACUUCUCAAUUCACGAAAGUUUUCAUGUGUCAAGGAAAUUUCACUCAACUUGAUUCUUGUAUCAUUAAUUCCACAAAUCCAAACAUUGUUGCUCCUCCCAAUGAUAAUAGUUUGAAAAUUAAGACAUGUAAUCAAAAUUCAGGAAAAGUCGUAUUUACACCAAGUUAUGUCAAAGCUGGAAUGGAGGAUGUGAUUUUCAUAUCCAUGUUGAAUUGUAUUCCUUCAAGAAAUGUGAGUGCUCAAGAGGAUGAGAAUGGAAAUCGAUUUUCAUAUUAUUAUGGUUAUGAUUUGACGUCUGACUCGGUGUCGAGAUUUUUGAAGAGAGAAUUCAAUCAAUGGUUGGAUAUAGAGUGUUCAUUAUUGAAACUACAACGAAUUAUCUUUUAG